AUGGCGGACGCAAUCACGGCCCAGGCCGCCAAGCUUGUGCUUGACGAUGUGACGGGCGAGAUGGUGUCGACCAACGAGCUCAAGAAGCGAACCAAGAAGCGGGAGAAAAAGGCCGCGAGCGAGGCGGCCAAGGCGAAUGCCCCCAAGGAGCCGGCAGCGCCCAAGGCUCCCAAGCCGCCUCGUGCCGAGGAGCCGGUGCUGGACCCGAACGCCAUGUUCAAGGUCGGCUUUCUCGACGACGUGUAUAAGGAGCGGCCGGUGACGCCCGUGGUGACGCGGUUCCCGCCCGAGCCCAACGGCUUCCUCCACAUUGGCCACUCCAAGGCCAUCGCCAUCAACUUUGGUUUUGCCCGCCACCACGGCGGCAAGUGCUACCUUCGCUACGACGACACCAACCCGGAGGCCGAGGACGAGAUCUACUUCACCGCCAUCCUCGACAUGGUGCGGUGGCUCGGCUUCGAGCCCGUCAAGAUUACCUACUCGAGCGACAAUUUCCAAAAGCUCUACGACCUCGCCGAGGAGCUCAUCAACAAGGGCAAGGCGUACGUCUGCCACUGCAACGACGAAGAGAUCAAGGCCCAGCGUGGCGGCGAGAGCCACGGCGCCCGCUUCCGCUGCGCCCACGCCGACCAGACACCCGAGAAGAACCUCGAGGAGUUCCGGGGCAUGCGCGACGGCAAGUACAAGCCGCGCGAGGCGUUCCUGCGCAUGAAGCAGGACAUUACCGACGGCAACCCCCAGAUGUGGGAUCUCGCGGCGUACCGCGUGCUCGAGAAGCCGCACCACCGCACCGGCUCCACGUGGCGCAUCUACCCGACCUACGACUUUACCCACUGCCUGUGCGACAGCUUCGAGGGAAUCACGCACUCGCUGUGCACGACCGAGUUCAUCCAGAGCCGCGUCAGCUACGAGUGGCUCAACCGCGAGCUGGGCGUCUACGAGCCCAUGCAGCGCGAGUACGGCCGCCUGAGCAUCCAGGGCACCGUUCUCAGCAAGCGCAAGAUCCUCAAGCUCGUCACCGACGGCCACGUCCGCGGCUGGGACGACCCCAGGCUGUACACGCUCAUCGGCAUCAAGCGCCGCGGCGUGCCCCCCGGCGCCAUCCUCGAGUUCGUCAACGAGCUCGGCGUCACCACCGCGCCGUCCGUCAUCCAGCUCAAGCGCUUCGACCAGACCAUCCGGAGGUACCUCGAGCUCACGGUGCCGCGGCUGCUGCUUGUCCUGGAUCCAAUCCCCGUCGUCAUCGAGGACGCUGAGGAGGCCGAGCUCGACAUGCCCUUCUCCCCCAAGGUGCCCGCCAUGGGCUCGCGCAAGGUAAAUUUCACAAAGACGGUGUACAUUGACCGGAGCGACUUCCGCGAGGUCGACAGUAAGGAUUACUUCCGGCUGGCGCCCAACAAGACGGUCGGCCUGUACCAGGUGCCGCACCCGAUCAAGGCCGUCUCGUACACCAAGGACGAGUCCUCGGGCGAGGUGACGGAGAUCCGCGCCGUGUUUGACAAGGAGACCAAGAAGGCCAAGACGUACAUCCACUGGGUCGGCGAGGGCGCGCGCAAGUGCGAGGUGCGCAUCCACAACUCGCUCUUCAGGUCGGAGAAGCCCGACGACGCCGAGGGCGGGUUCCUCAAGGACCUCAACCCGGAGAGCGAGGUCGUGCACCCGAACGCGCUGAUCGAGCGGGAAGGCUUCGACGAGGUGCGCCGGCGCGCUCCCUGGCCUGAGGCCGCGGGCGAGAGCGAGCUCGGCAAGGGCGGGCCUGAGAGCGUGCGGUUCCAGGGCAUGCGUGUGGCUUAUUUUGCCAUGGAUAGCGACAGCACGGACGACAAGAUUAUCCUGAACCGGAUAGUCUCGCUCAAGGAGGACUCGGGCAAGAAGGACUCGGGCAAGAACUAG